AGGACGUUUCCCACCCAUCUUAGUACCAGCUGUUGAGGUCAUCCCAGGAACAGUGUUCAGUUGUGAUAUUGAAGGGCUGGUACCUGACUACCCUGGAGUGACUGCAACCAUCAACCUGGGAUUUCAGAGCUCUCUGUUCAAUGAGCCAUUUAACGUUACCAACCAAGCACUCACAAUCUACAAUUGCUCAGCAGGGAAAAGCUGUAAGGAUUGCCUGGAGCCCAACAGUCCGUGUGGAUGGUGUAACCUCAACAAGCAUUGCAGUGGAACAGCAACUCUGUGCAGGAAUGCAUGCAUCUCACUUCCUACAGGUGUCUAUAUCUACACACUUCACAGACCUAUGCCCCCUGUUAGAUACGGCCCCCUUUGGGGGGCACACUCUACCAGUGAGGGUGGUCCAGGACUUUCUACUGACCACUAGGAACCUGAUACCAACAACGGAUGGUUUCGAGUAUUCGUGUAUUGUGAAUGGAGUUAGUCUGACAGCUCAGUAUGAGAACGAGACCUCUAUCCUGUGCAAUGUGGGCAGUGGAGACCUCAACCUGCCUACUGGUAGUGGUAGCUACUCUGUGGUUGCUAUGGUGAUAUGGUCCGGGAAUGGCGUCAACCACCCACUCAGCAGUGUCGCACAACAGACCAACAUUACGUUGUUUGAUUGUCAUAACUUGGGCAGUGGAUGUUCAGAGUGCCUUGCAUCCAGACUGGGGUCAGAGUUCACGUGUGGGUGGUGUAGCCUUAGCGACAGCUGUGAGGUGUUGCAAGAAUGCACCAAUGAUGUUUUUGUUACUGAGGGGAGAAAUUGUCCUACUCCUUUCAUCACCUUAAUCUCUCCAGAAUCUGGACCAGUUGAUGGUGGUACAGCAAUUACUGUGAUGGGCACUGACCUCGGAGUGACCUUUGCUGACGUUCUGAACGCCACCCUUACAUUAGGAGGUGUGGCCUGUACUAUCAUCAACACUGACUAUAUACCAGGGAGGCAGUUUGUGUGUGUGACCAACAACUUUGGAAGUACAGGCUCCAAUGUGUUCACUAUGGUCCUGUAUGGCAAUAUAGACGUCAAUGUAAACGCCAAUCCCUUCAUUGCGUUGAAUCCUGUUGUCAGUAGUGUGAAACCGACCUUUGGACCCGUGGCCGGGGGUACCACACUGACUGUGAGGGGUACUGCACUAAGAGUGGGUAACCAUGAGAACACUAGAGUCACUCUGGUCAGUGGAGGGUCAAUCUACACCUGCAACGUAUUAGUUGUUUUUUCUCAAGAGAUUGAAUGCAUCACUACAGCAGCAAAUUUCACCUCCGCUGCAGAGGUGGUGGUUACUAUUGAUGCAGCUAGACUGGACUUCGGAGUGUUCUUCACUUACAGUAACAACCCCAAUGUAACUGCUGUGCGUCCUAGCAACACUAUUCCCAGUGGAGGCAUCACACUGACCUUUACUGGAGUGUACUUGGACGUGGUACAACAGCCUGUGUUGGAGAUCUACCAGCCGAUGGGGGCUCUUCUGAAGAGCAACUGCAGUGUUGUGGACAAUACCACCAUCACAUGCUUGACUCCUAGUUUGAUAAAAACCUCACUGACCCCAUUGGACUAUGCCCUACUGUUUGAUGAUGUCCCACCUAUCACACAAGCACGUUUUCCCAUCAGCGUCCAAUCAGAUCCCUCCAAUUUCCGGCUGGAGGGUUCUCAAAAGGUUCCUAAUGGCACAGAGACCCUCAUACGCAUUGUGGGUGAUAAUCUCGACUCAGUGGAGACCAGUGAGAUAGGAGUGACUGUGGGAGGGGAGGAGUGUGUCAAGACACCUAGUAGCGUAAGAGGGAGUGAAUUCAUUUGUACUGCCCCCUUGGAGCCGCCAGGAGGGGAAAACCCAGCCAACAUAAAUGUAACCGUUGGAAGCAACAUCGCUCAAAAAUUGGACCGGCAACUGACUUAUACAUUUCCUGAGGCAACGGUUCUCGGGCCAACCGUUCCUCUGGAGAUCAUCAUUCCAGUUAUUGUUAUCAUAUUUAUAAUUGUCGUGUGUGUACUGACGAUUGCUAUUGUCUGCUUGUAUCUGAAUUCGAGGAGAAAGUCAGUACCAAUUUUUAUGCAUCAGCAUGAGCAAAGGAUAGAGCUCACGGCUACUGGGAAAACUCACGAGGUAGUUGAUGGUAAUACUGCACUCGUUAAAUCAGAACUUGUUGAGAUUGCUGAGUCCAUCCCAGACUCAUUCAAAAUAGCUGCCUCAAAAUUGAAGCUCUCCAGUACUGCGAUUGGACAAGGUGAAUUUGGCGUUGUGUACAAGGGCGUCCUGACAAACUGGAACAAAGUGCCUAUGCAGGGGGUGGCCGUGAAGACAUUAAAAGGUCUGUUCUCGUUGUCGGAUGUUCAGAGCAUGGUGUGUGAGGUGAACAAGAUGCAGGACUUUGACCAUCCUCACAUCAUGUCCCUAAUUGGAGUUUGUCUCGAUGCUGGCCCCGGUGUUGCCAUAGUGAUGCCAUAUAUGGCCAAUGGCAGCCUUAUUAGAUAUCUCAAGAAAGAGAGGAGCAGCCUUGAGUUGGACGAUGACUGUGACAUAGAUCAGAUUCUGGAAGUGAGGAAACUGCUACUAAAGAUGUGUCGUCAGAUAACACUGGGAAUGGCCUACUUGGCUGAACAGAAGUUUGUCCAUCGAGAUCUUGCAGCCAGAAACUGCAUGCUGGACUCGGGAGGGGGUAUCAGGGUGGGGGACUUUGGUCUGGCUGAGGACGUCUAUGCUAGCGGCUACUUCAGACAGAACGACCGAGCCAAUGUGAAGCUGCCCUACAAAUGGAUGGCCUUGGAGAGUCUCAACGAUGCCAUCUUCACAGAGAAAACUGAUGUGUGGUCAUACGGUGUGACUGUGUGGGAGGUCUUCAAUGGAGGACGGACCCCCUACCCUGCUGUGGACCCACACUCCCUCAUCAAGCUGCUGGGAAAGGGGCAAAGACUAGAGAGACCUCUCAACGCAGCCUGUUCCACCGAAAUUUCUGAAGUGAUGCGUCAGUGUUGGAGGGAGGACCCAGAGGAGAGACCAACCUUCUCACAACUGUCGUCCAUUGUGGACAAGUUACUGACAUCCAUUGCUGGCUACACUGAGCUCGGUAUGGUGCUACUGAACACAGUUCAAGAGGUGGAGCAGCUCAAAUGUGACAAUGUACCUUCACCUACUGAAGACGCUAAUCGCUAUGUAGAUGGUCCACUAGGUCACCCUCUAGCAUUCAAAAACAGAAUGUACGAAGGAUUUACUUCAACAGACGAUUAACUAAUUAUAGCCUUUAGCUAGUGAGUUGUCUCUGUAUAUAAUUAUAGCCUGUAUAAAAACGUACAAUUCCAGCUGCUUUAAUCUUUGGCACAACCGUGCAUGCAUGGUAUGUUCAGUUUACUUUAUUCUUUAUUAGUAUCAUGCAUGUAUACACAUGGUCACCGUAGCCUAUUAUUGUUUUACACAAUAAAGUCACAUGCAAUGUUUCCCGUCUUAAUAAUUUUGUCCUCAAUUAACUAUUUUCACAUGCAGUGCCUAUAAUAUUAUAUAGGCAGUCUUUUUACAA